AUGUUAGAAAAUAUUUUUAUAUUUUUCCAACCAUUUAGAAAUGAAAGAACAAUAACUCAUGGGUUGUAUUCAGAGGUCAGGAGAUCUAGGAGGGAUGAUAGGCUGCUGGUGUUCAGCAGGGGGCCAGACCCCCUCAGCAAAGGGGUUCUCAUGGGUUUGGUGGACUCUCCACUAAGCAGUGACCUUAGACCAAAUCUUGCAAAUCUAAGUAAAUUACGCUGUGUGCGGGCUAAAAGGAAAAACACCUCUAUCCCUCACAUGGAGUGGGGCUCUCUGGGCAUCAGGACCCCACUUUUGAUCCCUGAGAACCAGUGA